AUGUCCGCUGCUAAAGUAUUAUGUUGUGGUGAUGUCAAUGGUAAAUUUGUUGAACUGGUCAAAAAAUUGACAACGAUUAGUCAGAAGGUAAGAGUUAAAAAAAAUAAUUUUUCAACUUUAUAAAGUUUACUUACUAAAUUUAGUUUUUCAGAGUGGUCCUUUUGACGCAUUGUUUUGUGUUGGUGAAUUUUUUGGUGACAACGAUGAAGAUAAUGAAAAACUAGUGAAUGGCCAAAUCGAAUUUCCGAUUCCAACAUAUAUUCUAGGCGCAGCAGACCCUCGACAUGCUUUUCUAUUUCCCGAAGAAUCAACCGAGUUCUCAACAAACUUGACAUAUUUGGGAAAGAGAGGAAUGCUCAGUACAGCUUCAGGAUUACAAAUCGCAUAUUUGAGUGGUGUUGAAGGAACAUCAAACGAAGAACAUACAUUUAAUAGAGAGGACAUUGAAGAACUUUUGAUUCCUCUUGGAACUCAAGCCGGUUUUAGUGGAGUAGAUAUUCUUCUAACAUCAAUGUGGCCUGCUGGUGUAGCAAAACAUUCGCAUAAUCAACCAACAAAACCACCGCCCGGUUCGAUUUUAAUAGCCAAACUUGCAGCAAGUCUGAAACCAAGAUAUCAUUUCGCUGGAAUGGGAGUGCAUUAUGAACGACAACCAUAUAGAAACCAUCGAGUGCUAUUAGAACCUGCAAGACAUACAACUCGAUUUAUUGGAUUAGCAACAGUUGGAAAUACCGAGAAGCAAAAAUGGUUGUAUGCUUGUAAUGUGAAACCAAUGAGAAAAAUGGAAAAGGAAGAAUUAACAGCACAACCACCAAAUGCUUCUGAAUUUCCAUAUCGAGAAAUGCUCGAAGAAAUAGCAGCAAUGUAG